ACUAAGCCUACAGCUGACCCUUCUGCUGGGAUUCCCUAAGGACCCUCCGGCUGACUUCACUUUGCCCUUCUCUUCUCCCUGACUUGCCGGCAUCAGAGAAACAUACUGGACCCCACUCCUGAGUCUUUUCCUUCUUCCCUGGGAACUGUGAGAGGCUCUUUCCUCGGGCUCCUAACUUGAGCUGAAGAAUGAAAAGCCUGGUGGUGGACCCUUCAAAUAAAUUCAACGAUUCCCUGGAUGUUUUUGAGCAAUGUGGCAAAGAAACACCUUUGGAAAAUGUUCUUUUUGCCUCCUUUUAUCUUCUGGAUUUCAUCCUGGCCUUUGUUGGCAAUACUCUUGCCCUCUGGCUCUUUAUCCGGGACCAAAAAUCGGGCACCCCAGCCAACGUUUUUCUGAUGCAUCUCGCUGUGGCCGAUUUGUCAUUUGUACUGGUGCUUCCUACCCGACUUGUUUAUCAUUUUUCUGGAAACCACUGGCCAUUUGGGGAAAUCCCAUGCCGCCUCACCGGGUUCCUCUUCUACCUCAACAUGUACGCCAGCAUCUACUUCCUCACGUGCAUCAGCGUUGACCGUUUCCUCGCCAUCGUACACCCUAUCAAGUCCAUCAAACUCCGCAGGCCUCUCUAUGCCCAUCUGACCUGCGCCUUCCUCUGGGUGGUGGUGGCUGUGGCUAUGGCCCCGCUACUGGUCAGUGCACAGACGGUGGAGGUGAACAACACGACCGUCUGCCUACAGCUGUACCGGGAGAAAGCCUCCCGGAAUGCUCUCGUGUCCUUGGCCGUGGCUUUUACCUUCCCCUUUGUCACCACUGUCACCUGCUAUUUGCUGAUCAUUCGGAAUUUGCGCAGCGGCCACCGGGUGGAGAAACACCUCAAGGACAAAGCCAUCAAGAUGAUCAUCAUGGUGCUCAUGAUUUUCCUGGUGUGCUUUGUGCCAUACCAUGUCAAUCGAUAUAUCUAUGUCCUGCAGUAUGAUGGCACCCGGGCCUCCUGUGAGGCCCAGCGGGUCCUGGCGCUCAGUAACCGCAUCACAUCCUGCCUCACCAGCCUCAAUGGUGCCCUGGACCCUGUCAUGUAUUUUUUUGUGGCUGAGAAGUUCCGUGAUGCUUUGUGUAACUUGCUUUGUGGCAAAAGGGCCUUGACCCUGCCACCAAGUUUUGAGGGAAAGACAAAUGAGAGCUCCCUAAGUGCUAAAUCUGAACUGUGAAAGAGAUAUCCAGACAUAAAGCGCUGCCUCUCUGUGUUGGCUAUGUGUGCCUCAGUAGCAGGCUGUCUUCCUGUGCAGAGAGGCCUUCCACUGGAGGCAUUUCUCUGCAUGUCAAAAUAGAAGAAUCCAGCUUCUUCCACAUAAACACAGCCAACCAUCCACCUACUGAGAAAACGGACUCAAAUAUUGGUGGACCACUAAUAUCCGGCUUGGACACCUGAACAGCAGCUUCACCUGUUGUUCAGUUUCUAAUACGUUCUUACAUUUCUGAAAAGCAAGGACUAACAUGUAAUCAAACCAAGACACCUUCCCCCUCAGAAGAAAAAUUUUCAGCUAUGCUCACUUACUGUUACUAGAUACCCUAAUGAUCUCAGCCUAGAUAAAGGGGGGAGGGACAUGAAAAUGGGAGAACAAUGAAAGUCUUUCUCUAAGCUCGAUGCUGACCGCUGAGCUGCUGACCUCCUAUUAUGUUAAGGCAAGAGUGGGGGAGGCUACUCCCCAAAGAAUCCAAGAAAAUGAUCCGAAAAUUGCUCGAGUGAAAAAGAGAGUGCCUUUAAAUGUCUGCUUUGAUGUCUUGGGGAAAGAGGGUAGGAGAGGGAGUGGUGGCGAGGGAGGGAAGAAAUGCUGCAGGGUUCACAUUAUCAGGUGCUUGAUUAUAGACAUCACCGGCUUAGUUUAGUUAACACAGUGAUGUGGACUAUACUUGAUGGGUGAUUACAACUGGACCCAUAGAGACCAAGUCAGGCUGGUCCCCAAAUGACAUCUUAUACGUGUAGCCUAAACCGAGAGGAGACAACUUUCAUUUCUGCUCCAGAGAUUUCCUGAUCUAAUUUAAAAAAAAAAAAGCUCCUAAAAAUUCUUCUUUUUAAAACUUGUUCUGACAAUCUCUUUACAAUUUCCCAACCUGUGUCCUAUACCUCAUGUAAGGGCCUGUGGCUGGCCUGCUCAUCUUUCUUGAGACCUGAGCAAGGGAACAAAACCAUGGCAUGGAUCAUGGAUGCCUUAAAUAGGAUGCACACUCCCUUCCAUUUGACUUUAAGGACAUGAAAUCCAUGGGCUCUAUCGGCAAAACUAAGCAACCCUAUCCAGCACGCCUCUGCCCAGCCCCUGGUGAUCCCCAAAUGAACCCAAGGAAGUCUUCACACCCUCCACAUUGUGUCCUACCUGCCAAGUCCACCCCAUCCCCCCUUCGCCUUCCAUUUGUACAGUGAUUUUCUUUUUUUGUACUUAUGUAUGCUGAUUAUAAAUAUGCAUAGUUUUUAAAGUGUGAAGCUGUAUCAUGUUAUUUUAAUAAAAUUUCUCUCUUCCCCUUGCUAACCACCAGGAAAUCUUCUUUGCCCCUCUUCUACCCCUUCAGCCAAUGGACUUCCUGGGGAUCCUUGAUUCUCACCCUAGUUACAUUCUUCAUAGUUCUAGUCACCACGGUUUCCCAAUCCCAAGUGUGACAUUUGCCUAGGGUUGCCUUCUUGUGCCUAACCCUUAAGCCAGUACUCCCUUUUCCCCCCAUCACACUAAUACUUCACUCUCCUCCACAUACCCUUUGAACCAGUGACACUGACCUCCUGGCUAUUCCACAAACAAGACACUCCAACUCUGAUCCAGGCAUUUUCUGCGGUUGCUCCCAUGCCAGGAAUGCUUCCCUCCUCUGUUCCUGACCUCUGACUUCUCUGGUUUCCUAAGUCCCAAGUAAAAUCCCAUCUUUUUUCAGGAAGCCUUUCUCAACCCCUCUUAAUCCUAUGCCUUCCCUCUGCUAAUUAUUUCCUAUUUAUCCUGUCCAUAGCUUGCUUUGUAUAUAUUUGUUUGCAUGUUGUCUCCUGCAUUAGGCUGUGAGCUCCUUGAAGGCAGUGACCAUCUUUUGUCUCUUUCUGUAUCCCCAGUGCUUAGCACAAUGCCUGGCACACAGAAGUCGUUUAAUAAAUGUUUGUUGAUUAACUAG